UAAAACAUAAGACAAAUCAAAGCUGUCUUUGAUUCAUCGUUGUUCAGAGAGAGAGAGAGACGAAACGAUGCCGGAAAACCAGGUAGAGGACGACGAUGACGAGGGUUUCGGAGACUUCAAGUUCGUGUCGCCCUCUGAUCAACCACUCAGCUUCAGUCAAAACACAAGAGUAGAUGACAAUUGGGGGGAUUUCAUGGACAAUUUCUCCCAGAAGCAGGAUUCCGUAGGAACUUCACUUGGAUUUGAGCCAUAUAAUGGCUUUCACACUCAAAACCCUACUGGUUUCCUUCAAACCGAGAAAAGCUUUGAUCCUUUCGGUUUUUUGUCGGGUCAUUCGACAAAAGUCCCUGAAGCUGACUCGAACCUUGGUGAAGACGGGAAGCAUUCGGCUUCGCCUGUUUCUGAUAAACGGUGGGAGAAGCCUCGAGGAGCUUUGCCUCUUUCGUUUUUUGGAGAGGAAGAUAGAGAAUCCGAUUCUGUUGAUUCUUCAACAAAUGCUGCUAUGGAUAUGUUUUCUCCUAAACCGGCUGCUCCUGUCAAUAUUGGAUCAAGCAUUGCUCUUACUGAUCUUCUCGUGAAUUUGUACAGUCAGGCUGAUCAGAUCAGAACUGAAAAUGGCUCGACUUCCAAUUUGGUAGAUGAAAACAGUGACUUUGAUGACGAGGGGUGGGAAUUCAAGGAUGCCUUCUCUGAAAACAAGGUUGGAGACAACAAUUCCUCAGUACAGGCAGAAAAGACUCAUGAUUUAUUCGAGGUUCAAGUGGAAACAACAAAAAUCAAUUCACAAUUUCAGGUUAAUGGGGAAAGAUUGGAAAAUCCCGAAGAAUCUAUACAUGUAUCUGGAUUUAGCAACGGACAGGAGUUGUGUGAAUUUUUUGUUAAAGAAGAUGGGUUUUCYCAUAACAAGUCUGCUGAUUUUGACGAUGGACUCGGGUUUGAGACAAGUUUUUUCAUUCAGAAUGGUUCUAUCUUGGUUUCAAACACCCAAUCCAAGCAGAUUAUAGCUGAAAAUGGAUCAAAUUCUCAUUCUGUCAAUGGGGAUAUCAAUUCUGUUGACAAUUACUGGGACUUCAAGGAUGCUUUUUCAGAAAAUGGAGCUGUAAAUGGCUCUUCUGAGAAAAAGGAAGAACAACAAGGUGCUGGUCAUUCUGGUGCUGGAGUGGAAGUACUCAUUUUUGACAGUGAAACCCAGGUGGAUAAAAAGGAAGAACAACAAAGUGCUGUUCAUUCUGGUGCUGGAGUGGAAGUGCUCAUUUUUGACAGUGAAACCCAGGUGGAUAAAAAGGAAGAACAACAAAGUGCUGAUCAUUCUGGUGCUGGAGUGGAAGUACACAUUUUUGACAGUGAAACCAAGGGAAAUGGAGGUCAGAGUAGGCAUCAGGAAGUUUGGCCCCUGUCCUUUUUUAGCAAUGAUAAUCUGGACUCUGAUGAUGCCAUGUAUGUUCAGAAUGCAUCUUCCUACAAACCAAAAAUUUAUGCAGGAAACAGCACCAAUAGUCACGGUUCCAGUCCACAUCUUUCUUUCAAUGAUCUUAUAUCAUCUUUAUAUAGUCAGGUUGAACAUCCUUCAACUGUUGAUACUACUAAAGAACCAUUGGAAAAUGGAUUUAAUUCAGCCCAAAUGGGCAUGAAUUCACAAUUAGUGAAUGGACAAGGUGAUGGUAUGAUUUCACAAUUAUUGAAUGUACAAGAUGAUGACAUGAAUUCACAUUUAGUGAAUGAACAAGAUGAUUUCAACAAGAAUUCCUGCAAGUUCAAAGAUGCCUUCUCAGAAACUAGAGCUGGAGAUCAAAAUUACAGAAUCACGGAUACAGAUGAAAAAAUUACCAUGGGAUCAAAGCUAAGGAACUUUGUGGAUAUCUACACUAGAUUAAAGGAUCAAACAUGUGCUGUUGCUCUUCACCAUCUUGAUGGUCUGAAGAAUGCUCAGAAGGUUGCUGCUCUUUCUGGUGAAGAUGGAAAAGCAGUAGAGCUCCUGGAGGAAAUCCAGGUAGCUUAUAAGAAAUUGCAUAUGGAAAAUGUGGUUCCUGAAGGAGCAUUCUUAGAGGAGCAUGCACUAAGAAAUAUUCGUGUCGAUGAAUUUAUGCAAGAACAGGAGUUUCAAGUGCUUGACAGAGAAUAUCACUUGUUGAGAAGAAUAUCAUUGGCAGAGAAGGAUUUGAGCUCAGCAAUUGAACUUUUUGAGCAUACCUUUUUUGUUCUAAAAAUGUUGACCCUGGGGUCUAUGGAAGAGCAAUCCAAUUAUGUUACAACAUUGUCAAAAAUGAUCUCAGUUUGUGCUGAAGAAUUGAAACACAGUGCCUUCAUUUGGAAGCAGUCAAUGCAGAAGAACGCGCAUAAGAAAAUACUGUCUGAACCUCGAGGCCAGAGAUAUGUACUUGCCCUUGGAGAAAUUUAUAGAGUGGUUGAAGUUCUAAGAGUAUCAGCAACAACAGUUCACAAGCCUUGGAUACUUUCUAGUCUUGUGAGCCCAUCUGAUAUAUUCACUCCUUUAGAGGAGUGCAUCGCUUUAUGGUCAAAUUCAGGUCUAGAAGAAGCUCUCCAGUCUCUAUCCAAUACAACCAAAUGUGGAUGUGAAGAAACUGCCCUGACAUUGUUAGAAUCAAUCAAGUCUGUUCGUGAUCUUGAUGAACUGUCCCUUCAAAACCAUCUUCUUGCUCAGUGGGAAUCAGUUUGUCAGCUAUCAGGAUUAUCCUUAGCAAUGGUACCAGGCAUGAAACUUGUGGAAUGGAAUGGGGGAAACUACUUUCUCACGCUUGCAAACUUGUGGGUGAAUAGGGUAGCUUGUGAUCUUCCAAAAUUACCUUACAUGGUUGUCAGUCAUUGAGGAAGUCGGUGCAGAAUGUAAACAUAUUCAAGCAUCUCUAUUCAAGUGUUUUGCCAUACAGAGCUAAUUGGAAGAAACCUGUUUGUUAUAUGGGAGAAGGAAACUAGGAAAGCGCCCGGGCUUUCGAAGAACGAAAAGGGCUCCAUUAGAACAGAAUGCACGUGUUGCUAUUUCCAUUAAAGAUGCAGUUUCAGAAAAUGUAGCUCCGGUUCCAGAUGUUGGUUGUGGUUGCCGAGGCUUGUUUUGAUCCGUCGAGGUAAUGAUUUUUUUUACGUAGUUUUUGCAUUCUUUUUUGAAAAUGUUGUAGCAUGGGUCUUGGAACUUCRUUGUUAUAUUGUAUUCAUUUUUUGUAUAAGAUGUCAGUGCUGCGUGCACUGAGACGGUGGGACCAAUUAAGAUGUACCAUUGUAGACUCUGGGACUCCCCUUCCCAUCCCUUCCCAAAACAAAAAAGGGAAAAGAAAGAAAACAAAACAAAUUCAUUAUUGUUGUCCUAGAAAACAAUGAAAUUUGUGUUGAUUCCUCAUUUAUCCAA